AUGUUGCCCAAAUUUUCAAUAAUAUUCGGUUUCCUGUCAGUUUCCCCACUAUCACAGGCGAUUUUGCCUUCGGAACUCUUCUCAUCAGACAUCCCAACGAAAGUUUUGGCAACAUUUAAGGCUCUACCAAAGCCCGUUCAAUACCCCCAAUACACCGACACUGGCCCUGGAAAAUGGUUAUAUUUCUCUCCGAAUACAUGGACGUCUGGUUUUUUCCCAGUGACUGGUUAUGCGCUGAACACCCGAAAGCAGCUGUGUGGGGCAACACCAGCUAAUGGAUUGAACAAUGCAGAUUGGUUAAACCUUGCACGGUCUGCAAGCAAUGGAUUGCUAUCGCUUAACGCAAAUAAUGGCAUUGGUCAUGACGUAGGCUUCAUUAGUUACCCUUUUAUCGAGGAAUUGGUGGUGAAUCCGACAAAUCAGACCGCAAUUAAUGCUGUCAACAACUUUGCGAGUAUGCUUGCGGCGCGUUUCAAUCCAGUUGUUGGUUGCACUCGAAGUUGGGACACAGCGGAUCCCACAGACUUUCAGGUCAUCAUUGACAACAUGAUGAACCUUGAAGUUCUCUUCCACUCCGCUGACCUGACUGGGAAUUCCACACUCCGAAAAAUUGCCACCACCCAUGCAGAUACCACGAUGGCAAACCAUAUUCGGGAUGAUGGUUCCACAUGGCAUGUGGUCGAAUACAAUUCUACGACGGGUCUCGUCAUCAAGAAGAGAACUGCUCAAGGAUUUUCUGACAGUAGCACGUGGUCGCGAGGGCAGGCAUGGGGGAUCUACGGGUUCGCCAAUAUGUAUAAAUUUACGAACGACACGAACUAUCUCGAUACAUCACGACGACUAGCAACCUAUUUUUUGAAUAAUAUUCCUUCGGAUGGCAUUGUACCCUGGGAUUUCAACGCGCCUCUCACCCCUCCCCCGCGUCCAGCAGACUCAUCAGCCGCUACUAUCGCUGCUACCGGCCUACUACUACUCGCUCAACAAGAAACCACUGAUUCUUUGAAACAGCAAUGGAUUGAUGGGGCCUUUAGCAUUUUGAACAAUAUCACUACCUUAGCUUGGCGCCCAUCAUGGCAGAGUCUGCUUUCCAACGGAACGGUCAACAUACCCGCGAACAACUCUUUAACUGGCAUUGUUUAUGGUGACUACUAUUUUAUAAAAGCAGGCAAUGAUCUUGUCUCGAUGGGAUUGACCUCUUGCAGGGACAAUGUGGAUUCCAAUAGUACUGCCAGUACUUCUGAUAGGGCUUCCUCUCCGGUCCAGUCGUCUGGAGCUCGGAGAUUAUCCCUCUUUUAA